AUGUUUCACCGACCUCUAUUAUUGGCGCCCAUAAACAAUUCAACAAAUUUUCCGACUUGUUCAAGUGGAGGAGGGGAGAACUUGGUGGUGAUCGAACUUCACAGCAGUGGCGGUGAUGGGGAGUUUGGUGAUGGUGGGUCACGAUUGGAAGGUAGUGUUUGGUGGUGUUCAGUGGUCACAACAACAACAACAACAGAGGUGGUGAUUGAUUAUCAGAACAGGAGGGGGAAAGAGAGGUUGAGAUGGCGGAGCUUCGACGGGAAGGGAUCUGUUGGAGGUUGGGAUGGAGGCAACAACCUCCUCCCUCUCAUCUUCGCGUUUUCUGGAGAACGGAGGACCACCCACCUCCGGUGGGUGAGUCUUGCCAGUCUAAUGAAGAAGAAAUGGGGACAACAAUAG